AUGAUCCAACGCGAAUCUGAUGGCAUGUACUUUCGCUUCUCGACUGGGACGGGGGUCAACACCAUGAUCUCGCGCUCGCUUCAGGGUCCAUGGAAGGAUGUGGGUGCCGCCCUACCGAAUGGCUCAAAAAUCCAGCUGGAUGGUGUCGACGACAUGAACAUUUGGGCUCCGGAUCUGCACUACGCGGAUGGCACCUACUACAUGUACUACGUGGUCUCCAAGCUCGGUACGCAGACCUCGGAAAUUGGCGUGGCCACCUCUAUGACCAUGGAGCCGGGUUCAUGGACCGACCACGGCGUGAUUGGCCUGCCCGCCAGCAGCGCCUACAACCGCAUCGACCCCAAUUGGAUCACCAUUCGCGGCAGGCAGUAUCUACAAUUCGGCUCCUACUGGAAUGACAUCUACCAGGUCGAGCUGGCUAGCCCGCUGCACGUCAGCUUUGCGGCCCCGCACCAGCUGGCCUACAACGCCAGCUUGAACCACCGCGAGGAGGCCUCGUUCAUGUUCCAGCAUGGCAAUUACUACUAUCUCCUGUUUAGUGGCGGCAUUGCAGACUCGUACACGGCGACUUACCCACCUGCAGGUGAGGAGUACCGGAUCUCUAUGUGUCGCUCGACGAGCGGAACCGGUGGAUUUUUUUCCGUGCAGGUUGAUAAGGCUGGUACUUCGUGCUUGAACUCCGGCGGCACUAUCUUACUAGCGAGCCAUGACCAGGUCUACGGCCCCGGUGGACAGUAUGUAACCCCAUAUCCCUCUCAUGAAACACCUAUGCAAUAUAUGGACCACCUGUUAACAAGACCUCCCAGGGGUGUCCUCAAUGAUAAAAGCCUCGGCCUCGUCCUGUACUAUCAGUACUAUCCGCUUGCCACGAAGGAGGCUGGCGGUGAUGGCGUCGCCGGCUACAUGUACGGCUGGAACGAGCUAGGCUGGCAGGAUGGCUGGCCUUACGUAAAGACCACCUGA